AUGGCGUUAGGGAACCUGCAGGCCACAGCAAAUAUAUUUGGUCGCGGCACAGCCGCUGGCGAUGCUAUCUACCGCUGCUACGCGAGGCCCACCAAAGAGAGCACGCUAGACCCUGAGCUCCUCGCGCGGCUGCAGAAGCUGCGGUCAGAGCGGGAGGCCGCGGAGGCGGCGAUGAUUCACCCGAAGCCAGUUCCCAAGUCGAAGGCGAUGAUCAGCCGCCCUCGUGUAGGCAUUGGCUACCGCAUGACGGGAGAGGAAAGGGCCAAGAGGCGACUCGAAGCGAUUCCUCACAAGAAAAAGGAAACUGUAAUCUAUCAGGAGAUGCGGGCGCGCAGCCCCAUCAAGCCACCGCAGUUCAGCCGAAAGCCCCUCACACUCGCCGAAAAGGAGCGUCUCGGACAGAUAUUCCAGUUUGGUGAGUUGCCACCAAAACCAGUGAGGUUUACCGGAGCGAAUCGUGUACGGUACGCCGCGAUGGAUAAACGCUUCCAUCUGAAGGACCGUUUUGAGACACUGAAGAAGCAGGUGGACGAUCUGCGUGAGGAGCUUCUUCAAGUGAAGGAGCAGCAGAAGGAGCUACGGCAACGCCCUGUUGCGAGUGAACACGCAGAGGGCGACAAGACGGUUGGGGAGGUCGUUAUACCAGGAAUAGGGAUUAGACAAGGGUUCAACCGGCGCGAUCCACUCAAAUCUUUGGAGUUGCGGCUGAUAGAGCAAGAGAUCUCUAGGUCUAUCGGCGAUGCUUUGCGGGAGAUGAGGGAGGUGGAUGCCGAUAUUUGUGAUCUAAACGAGAAUGAGGCUAAGCGGUACGACCUGUCGCCGUAA